ACGAGUUGGUAUAGAUUUAUGUAAAUGAAGUAUGUAGUGGGUUCCACUUUUUGGAUCCGACUCUAUAUAAAAAAUGUUCCGUUCGCAUCCUCCGUUACGCGGACUAGGCACUUCACGCGACAUCAUAUAAUUGUGCAUUUGCUUUAUUAUUAAUUAUCAAGGUUUAAACCAAAAAAAAAAGUACUGUUGAUCAUCAUCUUCAAGAAUCUGCAACUCAGGUAAAAUACCUCACAAUGAUGGAGUGAAGAAGUCAAUUUAACAUAGAUAGACUUGCCUAAGAGAGACAAUACAGAUAAACAGAGAUUGUCAAAAGAUUUAUGCCGCAACAGCAAGCUAUGUAGAGGCCAAUCUGCUAAACUUGUUUUCAACAAUGGGUUGUUUGGCACUCUGGUUUUACCAAUCUCCAAUCACCAAACCAUCCUCUCUCUUGAUGAUCAACAUUUUAUUUUUACUAAUCAUCCCCUUUACAGCUCCAUUGUCCUUCAACUUCAGCAGCUUCAGUCCAGAUGACUCUAACAUAACAUAUGAGAGAGCUUAUGCAGAAAACAAUGCCAUCCAACUCACCAAAAACAUUGCAAACAUCGGCCGAGCCUCAUAUGCCAGACCUAUGCAGCUUUGGGAUAAGGCCUCAAGAAAUCUCACUGACUUCACCACCCACUUUUCCUUCAUCAUUGAUUCCCAAAACAGAACAGCAUAUGGUGAUGGAAUCGCAUUCUUCCUUGCGCCCGAAGGUUCCAGAAUUCCUGAUGGGGUGACAAAAGGCGGCACUCUUGGCCUCACAAAGGACAACCAGACAUUGAACUCAACAGACAAUGCAUUUGUCGCUGUGGAGUUCGAUAUAUAUCAGAACCUUUGGGACCCAGUACAUGAUCAUGUAGGUAUUGAUAUCAACUCUAUGAAAUCAGUUGCUAAUGUUACAUGGUUGAGUAAUGUUCAAGAUGGGAAGCAAAAUGAAGCUUGGAUUAGUUAUGAUUCUAGUUCGAAAAAUCUUAGUGUUGUUUUCACUGGUUUUAGCGGUAAUGACACUGUCCUACAAGGCCUUUCUCAUAUAGUUGAUCUGAGAGAUUACUUGCCAGAAACAGUCAUUUUUGGCUUUUCAGCUGCAACAGGAAAUGCAUCAGCAACGCAAAGCAUCCAGUCAUGGAAUUUUAGUUCAACUCUACAAAUUGAUGUAAAUGGAACUGCACCAAGCGUUAGUCCUCCUGACCACAAUCCAAGUAAAGGCAACAUGGGACUGGUGGUUGGAAUUGUUGUGGGCGGAAUUGUUUUUUUGAUUUGUGGGUUGGGUUUGGUUUUGUUUGCCUGUUGGAAGAAGAGGAACAGAGGAGAAAGUGAAGAUGACCCUAACUUUGAGGUCACCAUAGAUGAUGAAUUUGAGAGAGGAGCAGGACCAAAGAGAUUUUCAUACAACGAGUUGGCUCGUGCAACAAAUAAUUUCGACAAACAAGAGAAACUUGGAGAGGGAGGGUUUGGCGGGGUUUAUAGAGGUUUCUUGAAGGAAUUGAAUUCCUAUGUUGCUGUGAAGAGGAUAUCAAGGGGUUCAAAACAAGGGCUAAAAGAGUAUGCCUCAGAAGUGAAGAUCAUUAGUCGUUUGCGGCAUAGGAAUUUGGUGCAACUCCUUGGUUGGUGUCAUGAAAAACGAGAACUCCUCCUUGUUUAUGAGUUCAUGCCGAAUGGCAGCUUAGAUUCCCAUCUCUUUGAGGAAAAAAGCUUGUUGACAUGGGCAGUGAGAUACACAAUUGCUCGAGGCUUGGCCUCAGCAUUGCUAUACUUGCAUGAAGAAUGGGAACAAUGCGUGGUGCAUAGGGAUAUAAAGUCAAGUAAUGUCAUGUUAGAUUCAAAUUUCAAUGCCAAACUAGGAGAUUUUGGGUUAGCUAGGUUUGUUGAUCACGAAAAAGGAUCGCAGACGACAGCCUUGGCUGGAACCAUGGGAUACAUGGCACCUGAAUAUAUUGUCACAGGAAAGGCUAGCAAAGAAUCAGAUGUCUACAGCUUUGGGGUCGUAGCAUUGGAAAUAGCAUGUGGGAGAAAACCCAUCAAACACAAUGUCCAAGAGAGUCAGAUAAUCAUGGUUGAGUGGGUUUGGGACCUCUAUGGAAUGGGAAAGCUUCUUGAAGCAGCUGAUCUGAAACUAUGUGGAGAGUUCAAUGAGCAAGAAAUGGAACGCUUGAUGGUUAUCGGGCUGUGGUGUGCUCAUCCCGAUAGCAAGCUUCGGCCUUCGAUUAGGCAAGCAAUUCAAGUUCUUAAUUUGGAAGCUUCAUUGCCCAGUCUUCCAUUGGAGAUGCCAGUGGCAACAUACUUGCCUCCUUCAAUGUUCAAAACUGCAUUUUCAGUGUCUAGUGAUGCCCCUACUUCUGGAAGCAGCCUAUACACUGAUUCCACAAAGUUCACCACUACCUCUGCAGCUGCUGCUUCUUCAUCAGCAUCACUCCCUGUACAUGCCAUAUAUUGAUUCUUCAAUUUUCUAGCUCAAGAUUUUCAUGUAUGAAGUAUUUUUUUUUUUUUUGGUAGGCGUAUUGAACCAUGGAAAUUAAUUUUUACUUUGUAGUCUUCAACCUAUAGGUCAGGUUUGACUAUAUAUAUACAUUUUUAAAGUAUUCGAUCUUUCUAUUAUGUAGAAAAUUUAUUUUCAAA